CUCAGGAAUUAACACAUUCAGUACAUCAUUCAACUUUGUAAAACAUUUUUCCAGGUAAAUCCAUUUCCCCAGGACCAUCCAGGCUGCACCUUAGAAGGAGAGGAGCGAGCAGGUUGUUUGAGGAGAGUCUGGCCUACAAAGCCCGGCGGCUGCAAUGGAAUGUAAACAGCCCAGGUCCUGCCCACCAUUCACAUAUCUGUUACUAUAGCAACAGGAAAGCUUUCUUUAUACAACAAGGCCUAGCUAAAUACCAUAACCUGACGCAACCCGGGCUUCUUAAGAACAUGCUGCGAAGAUGUGGAAGAAUCCAUCGGAAUAUUUUGCAACAACUACAGUGAAAUAUUUUGAGAGGCACAAAGGGGAGGUGAACUCCUGUGCUGUUUCUCCAGACUAUCAGCUUCUCCUCACAUGUUCUGAUGACAGCCGAAUCCAUGUGUGGGAAGCCAAGAGUGGGUUAUUAAAGCAUAAAGUGACAGGACACACAGGACCGGUAAAGGAAUGCUGCUUCUCCCCUGAUGGCGCCCUGUUUGCCAGCUCAUCACAUGACUGCACAGUGCGGAUAUGGAGGGUGGAUACUGCCGAUUGUCUUCAUGUGCUAACUGAUCAUACUAAAAGUGUUGAAACUGUAACGUUCAGUCCAGAUGGAACCUGUUUAUUGUCUGCGGGAUGGGAUCGUCUUAUUAUCUUGUGGGAAGUGCAGACUGGUCAGAAAUGUAACACUUUCACUGGACAUCAAGAUGCCAUUCAGUGCAGUGCGUUUUCUACAGAUGGUUCUUGCUUUGCUACAGGGUCCUGGGAUUAUACUGUCAGAGUGUGGAGUGUAAGUAAGGAAGCCCCAGAGAGAGUUCUGAAAGGACACAAGGGAAACGUCAGCUGCGUGGGCUUUUCUGUUUCUGGGAUGGUGGCUUCUGGAUCAUGGGACAAAACAAUAAGAGUGUGGAACCCACGCAGUGGUGCAUUGAUCUUUCUCCUGAACGGACAUAUGGAUUGGUUAAGAACCUUGGCUUUCUCACGUGAUGGCAUCCUUCUGGCUUCCACAGGUCAUGAUAAGAUGGUAAGACUCUGGGACUGUGAAAAUGGAAAAUGUAUAAAGGUUGUCAAGGGCAUGCUGGAGAUGACACAUGUUUGUAUAUUUUCACCAGAAGGUACCCUAAUGCUGGCUGGUGCCAUGGGGCUUCACCAAUCACAGUAUUAACAUAUUGCCGAUUCCACUCAAUAUACUCACUAUGCUGUAUAUAGUCAAAUACUCAAGCUUCUUAAAAAAUAGACUUUUCAGGCUCCAACAAAAACUUUCAGCAAUGUUGACUUUGUGCCACAGGAAGGAAUAAGAACAUUGUAUUGCCACCAAUGUUUACUUGAUAUUGAAUACACUUUUAUUCCAUUGAGGAAUAUGGAGGCUAUGUUCACACAAGGACAUGGUCACACACCAUAAAAAAGACGAAAUUUUGUUGUGGCCGUGCUCGCACCUUGUCCUGAGGAAGGGCCCAUUACGGGCUUGAAACGCGUUGUAUGUGCAAUGUAAUAAAUGCUAUGUUGUUUUAA